UUGUAGACAGUGUUGUCAUUCUUGAAAUGUGGGAAGCGGUCCCCUCUUUUUCUGGUUCGUUUUAAACUCUGGGUCGUAUUUAACCACCAAGACAUAAGAUGGCUGACUACUGGAAGUCACAACCAAGGAAAUUCUGUCAGUACUGCAAGUGCUGGAUUGCGGACAAUAAGCCUAGCAUCGAGUUCCAUGAAAGAGGGAAAAACCACAAAGAAAACGUGGCUGCAAAAAUCUCGGAGAUUAAAAAGAAGAGCCUUGACAAGGCAAAGCAGGAGGAACGUAUGUCCAAAGAGUUUGCGGCAAUGGAGGAGGCUGCGCUGAAGGCAUAUCAGGAAGAUCUGAAGAGGAUGGAAAGGGAAUCAACAGGGUCAGGUUCACCAAGCCAAACAACAGCAACACAGUCACAACCUCAAGUGAAACCUCAGGUGAAGCCUCAAGUGAAGCCUCAAAUGAAACCCAAGGCCAAAAAACAGGACAAGAAAGAGAAAGCAAGCAAGAAGUCCAGAGACCAAACAGAGGUGCAGGUUUGGGUUGAAGGACAGACAGAUGAUGGCAACACAUACUAUUACAACACAGUAACUGGAGAAUCUCAGUGGGACAAACCAGAGGGUUUCCAGGGAGGAAGUUCCACACAGCCUGGACAAACUGAGAGCUCUUCAGCCUGUCCUUGGAUGGAAGCUGUCAGUCCUGAGGGUUAUACAUAUUACUACAACUCAGAAACUGGAGAGUCCAGCUGGGAGAAGCCAGCAGACUUUCCUUCCAAUGAGGCACCUGGAUCUGGAUCCAACGCAGAGGGAGAGCGUCAGGAGGAGCCUUCAACCCCUCAGCCGGAGCCCCUCUCAGGUGGAGAGGAGAGCUCCGACGGGGCCCCGCCAUCUCAGGAGGUUGAAGUCCCUGAAGAAGUCAGCCAGCAGCCGAAGGUCCCAAAGAUCAGCUUCAGGAAAAGGAAAGCUGAGCCAUCAGAAAAGGAAGGACAAGAUAAAGUAAGUGAAGAUGCGCCUAAAGAGGACGACGAGGAGACGAAAAAAGAGGAAGAAGUCCAAAGCACAACAGCUGAAGCUGAGGAGAAGAAGGAAGAGGUGACACAAGGGAAGACACAAGCCAAACGACCGAAAACUGUGAAUCCGUAUGGGGUCUGGGAACAGAUCCAGGAAGAGGAGGAUCCAUACGCCAGCGUGGACUUACAGUUGCCCCAGGUGGAGUCGAGCACGGCCAGCGCUCCAGCUGACCUACCGCCGGAGCCGAAACCGAAGUUCAAGGAACGCAUCAUCACAUCACUGGGAGAGGAAGGCGGACCUACUUCAUUUAAGAAAAACAAGACACAGAAUGGCAAAUCCAGGAGCCUCCGACAGCGAGACAACGACGACUGACCCAAACACAGAAUAACAUCACGCCAGAAUGCAGCAGAAUAAGACUUUCACACAAUACAACUCUUUCUUGGAACUUUUUGAUGCACUGUUUUGAUCUUUGAAGUGUAUUAAAUGUAUAAGGAGUUUUUUUUUUUUUUUUUUUAAUCAGAGAUGCAUGAAAUUAUCGUUUUUUUAUUAUGAGUUUUGGGAUAAAUUGGCCUGAGAAACAAGACAGAGUAAAACAUCUCCAGUUCUGUUUCUUAAAAAGAAAAAAAAAAAAAUUCCCCAACUUUGAAAAUGUCUGCCACUGGACUCAAUUCAUGUUCUUUUCUUUGUACUGAGGUGUGUCAUCAUGAAGGCAUGCAACAAUUUUCUAGUCUUAUUUCAUGCAUAAACAUCAGUAUCUCAGUGUGAUGAUAGGAUCUAUUUCACAGAUGUACCUAUACAGAGCAAUUGAAAUAACUUUUUGUAUUUUCUGUUUUGUCUGUAUUUUUUACCAGUGUAAUUUAUGAAAAACUACAAAGUUGUCCUGAUGGAAAUACCAUUGCCAUAUCUGUCAGUUAAAAUGUUAUACUUUCAUACAGCGGAAUAGAUUAAAGAAUGUAAAAUGGGAUGUCAAUAUUUCAUGACUGUCUGGAUGCUAAACAGUGCUGUCUGCAAAAUUAUUUUGAAAUUGAACUGAAUAAAGAGUGAAAGUGAUUAAUGUCGCUAAAAGAGUCACCAGCCGUGGUGACCAAAACACUUUUUUAUAAUAAACUAAAAAAAAAAAA